AAGCCGCACAUGUUGGGGUCACGUGUUGGCACUUCGACCACUUACUUGCACGAUGAACCCGUCGAGAAGGUCGUGAGUCUUUGUAGACAAAAUCUACUAUAUCUGUAUGAAGCAUACGGACGCGUACCCAGGAUGAUAACAACAGCCACACGUUCAUAGCCUUGCUUUGAAUAUUCACAAGGCAGAAACGCGAGCCAGCAGGUGCCUAUAAUACUUAGACAAAGCCCGCAGCUACAACCCAGCAUGAAGCCUUCAACACCACGGCGACAGCGAGAUCUCGCUGUUCUGUCCUCGAUCCUACAAACUUCGCGACCGUUAUUUGCAAGUUGCGCACACUUCCAGCCUCGGUCUCCUGUCCCCAAUAGACAGAGACUGUGCCGUCGACCCUUUUCAAUCCUCAAUCGUCCUCCACCGAACUACCCGGGCCAUGUCCCGCUCACCGGCGUCGAGCGCGUAGGCCUAGCUGUUGGCAGCGCAAUUACGUCUCUUAUAAACCCCUACCGACAUGACAUGGUGGCUGCGCUCGGCGAAGCGACCGCUCAACCAUUUUUCAUCUCAUGGCUUCGACGGCGAAUGCUCUCCGAUCCCACUGGUCGAAGAAUAUUGAGGGAUCGACCCAGAAUAACUUCCCAGACCAUGUCACUGGAGAAGCUACGGCUGAUGCCUGAGGACAGCGUGGGGAGGACAUACGCUGCCUGGCUGGAUCGAGAAGGAGUCACGCCUGACACGAGGGACGCAGUUCGCUAUAUCGACGACGAAGAGGAGGCCUAUGUGAUGCAGAGAUACCGCGAGUGUCAUGACUUCUACCAUGCUGUGACUGGACUUCCGGUAUGGGUCGAGGGAGAGCUCGGUCUGAAAGCGUUUGAAUUCGCGAACACGGGACUGCCUAUGACCGCACUGAGCCUUGCGGCCAUUGUCCGACUCAAGCCUUUGGAACGUCAGAGGAUGUUCGAGAUCUUUCUCCCUUGGGCGUUUGCCAACGGCUGGCGAAGUAAAGAUUUGAUCAAUGUAUACUGGGAAGAAGAACUCGAGACCGAUUGUGCUGAGUUACGAGAACGACUUGGUAUCGAGCAACCGCCGGAUUUGAGAGACAUCAGAAAGAAACUGAGAGACGCACGACGGGCAGCGAAGGCUGCUCACGAGACGGUUAGUGAACGUAGUGCUUCGUCGCCAAUUGUAUGAACAGAAAAUGUACAAUAAUCCAGGGGUAUCACAUGCAAGCUCCAAAGACUUUUGUGUCGUAGUCGAUCGUGUCAAGACUCGUUCAAGAGGUCGUCAAGGUCAUCGUCGUCCCACCCCCCUCUUCGUACCACUUUUACACUUUCCACCGAAUGCCC